GACAGUGACAGUUUGGAUGAAUAAGUUGAGAUAUGUAAAGUAAAUAAACUUUACUUCAUAUGCGAUUAAAAACGGAGUAGCAAACUACAAUAACAAAAAUUCGCCUUCUAUAUGUUAAACAAAGUUAGAUAAUAAUAAGUGCUUUUCUACGAUGGGGUGCUGUUACAGCUUUUUUUGCAAGGACGAAACCUCCUCACAGAUCGGAGAGCCUAAUGAACGAACACAUUUGUUAGUAGAUCCAGUAUCAAAUAGCACAAAUAUUCACAUAACAAACAGUGAAGAUAUUUUAAGCCGAAAUUCAAAUAAUUUACCUAAGAAGACUGAUGAGCAAUCUGCACUGAACAGAAUUUUACAGGAAACUGCAACAAAUGUGAUUGAUGUAGCUGCUUUAGAUUCACAUAAUUUGCAGCAACAUGAAUAUGUAGAAAGGAUGAAAAUUUAUAAUAGUAAAGUCCAACAAGUGUUAGCAAGCAAUAAACACAAAUAUAGUAAAAAGGUAAAUUGCAUAUUACAAGAUAUUCCCAAUCCAGAUAAGGUGCUAAACUCAGAACCAAUAAACGCCGAUGAUUUAAAUAUGAUUACGUCAUCUGUGAAUUUUGCAAUGAAUAGCAUUAACGAUAUUAAGGUAGACCACAAAGAGGACCUAGUAGUGCCGUUUGGACUGACUUGUUGAGAAGUGAUGGAGUACGGAUUUGUGUGAUAGGAGACUUUUCUCACAUUUUUAUUACAUUUAAGUUAAAAAAAAACAAUAUCAGCGUAUAAUAGCCAACGCAACGCAUUCUCCUAAACAUAUAUCUUGAAUUGGGUAGUACAGCAUGCCUCGUUUUGAAAAUGUGUUAAAUAAAUUUUUAAGGGGGAAAAUACUUUUUAAAUUACUUAGUAAUCUAAAGUUCUCAGACCAAGAAAGUUAACGUUAUACAAACUCAUGUAAUUAAGUCUAAAAAAAAGAAUAGAGUGCACUGAAAAGGCUUUUUUUAUUAUACAGGGUGUCACGAAAAUAUUGGUCAUAAAUUAUACCACAGAUUCUGGUGUCAAAAAUAGGCUGAUUGAACCUCACUUACUUAUAUACAAUAUUAGUGCACACAAAAAAAGUUACAGCCCUUUGAAGUUAUAAACUGAAAAUCGAUUUUUUUUCAUAUAUCGAAAACUCUUAGAGUUUUUUUAUUGAAAAUUGACAUGUGGCAUUUUUAUGGCAGGAAUAUCUUUAAAAAAAAACAACAGUGAAAUUUGUGCGCCUCAUAAAAAAUUUAUGGGGUUUUGUUACCUCAAACCCCCCCCCCAAACUUUUGUGUACGUUCCAAUUAAAUUAUUAUUGUGGUACCAUUAAUUAAACACAAUAUUUUUAAAACUUUUUGGCCUCUUAGUAUUUUUUCGAUAAGACACCUUUUAUCGAGAUGUGGCUUCUUGUUUAAUAUGUUUCAAAAUAUACCUAUAAAUAUAAAUUAUAAAUAAAUUUUCAUAUUAUUAUCAGGUCUCUAUAAUCGUACUUAACCAUGUACAAAUAUGUGGUGGAUUUGAAAAAUAUUAAAUAUCUCGAUAAAAACUGGCUUUUCGAGAAAGUACCAAAAGGCAAAAAGUUUUAAAAACAUUGUGUUUAACUAAUGGUAGCAUAAGAAUAAUAAUUUAAUUGGAACGUACACAAAAGUUUGGAGGGGGGUUUAAAGGAUCAAACCCCCAUACAAUUUUUAUGGGUGCACAAAUUUCACUAUAAUUUUUUUUUAAAUGUUCCUGCCAUAAGAAUGCCACAUGUCCAUUUUCAAUAAAAAAUCUAUAAUAGUUUUCGAUAUAUUAGAAAAAAUUGAUUUUCAUUUUGUAACUUAAAAGAGCUGUAACUUUUUUUAUGUGCACAUUUGUACUAAGGUAAGUGAGGUUCAAUCAAACUAUUUUUGACCCCAGAAUCUGUGGUAUAAUUUAUGACCAAUCUUUUCGGGACACCCUGUAUAUUGUGCAAGGCUCCAGUUUUCAAUAGUAAUACCACUAGUGAUUCAAUUUUCGCGAUAAGUCUGUCGAUUUACUUCUAAACGAAACUGAGUUGCUUGAAAACACCACGAGUCCGUAGGACGAGUGGUGUUUUCUUUAAGCAACUCAGUUGAGUUUAGAAAUAAAAGACAGACUUAUAAGAUAAAUUAAAUCACGAGUGGUAUUUUAUUAGACUAUUUCACGAACAAAGUGAUAGGUCAAAAAUUCAGUAGAAUGAGAGGAAGGAAUUUAAUAAUAAUACAUUUGAUCUAGGUAACCCAAAUCUACCCAUUUUUUGAAUAAUUCACAAUUAGUCAUAAUCAUGAAAUAUUUAUUAUAACUAUAAAUAAUUUGUUAUAAUUAUUUUUUACCUAUAACAAUAAAUAGUUGAAGGCCCAGUCUUUUAGAAUGAAUGCUAGUCUUUCGUUGUUAUUUUCUGCAUCUAAUUUGUAGUUGCGAUUCACACAGAACAUCAUAAAUGGUCUCCAUAUAUAAGAUUUAGAUUUUCUUGUGUUACUCGGUAUAUUUUCUUCAAUGUUUUGGCAUUUCUACAAUAAUUUUUUUGGCAAACGUCAAACUUUGCUUUGCGAUCGGUAUCCAUGGUUACGUCGUUGAAAACACGAAGCUGAUAGACCAAUCAGAAUUGAAAGACAGUUGGUGUUUUCGCGAUAACACAAGCUGUCUUUGGUUUUUGAUUGGUCAGAUUAUGUGAAAAUUUUAAGAUGAGUGAAAUAGUCACUAUAACUUUUUAUAUAAUUUUGAUUAUGAUUGUUAUUUGAGACUUCAUUGUCACAUCUUAUUAUGCAUAUUUCUAAUAUACAACAGUAGUAGUUACACUACUCUCAUUUUUUUUUGUGAAGUUUGAUGCAUUUUUUGAUUCUAAACGAACCGCUUAUUAUGGUACUACUACAUUAUUGUGUUUUGUACUUUUUGAAGUUAUACUUCUUUACGAUCGACGGUGAAAAUUUAAUACUUACCUGGCGCAUGCGCAGACAUACAGUAUGUAGUUCGUUGCUAAUCUUUCAAAUUAUGUAUGUGUCAGCGCAAAUAAGUCAUUAAAAGAAUAUAUUAGUGUUUUUAGUAAAUGUAUUAGUUAUUAUAAUUUUUGUGUCUUUGGAUUUGUCUUCCUCUAUAGAAUAAAAUAUUUUAUAAUAAUAGUAAGUAUAUUUACUUUAAAUUUUAAAGUAUUUUUAUACCUCAGUUUUGGUGUAUUAAAUUUGUCAGUAUGUAUGAGAAAUCUUGUAAGCUGUCAAAGCAAAGGCAGUUUAGAUCGGUGGUAGCGCGUUCGACCGGAGAUCGAGAGGUCCCUGGUUCAAUUCCGUGUGUUAUCUAACUUUUUUUUUAUUUUUAGUAUUGUUUUAAUAAAAAUUUUUGGAAAGUAGUAAGUAAAUAUUAGAUUAAUCUUUAAAUACAAAUAACCUGUUGAAAGUAUAUUUAUUUCGUUGAAAUCAUAUAAUAGAAGUAUAACUUCUUACGUGCGUACAAAGUACACACAUAUUCUUUUUUUAUGAUUCUCUUAUAGGUUGUUAAAUAAGUUUUGCGAUUCGAUAAGAAAAACACAUUUUAUGGUUUGAAGUACACUUUUUUAUUCAGUAUAGUCUCCGUGAGCAUCAAUACACUUGUUAUGACCAGAUUCCAUUUUAUGAAAUUAUAAUCUGCAAUAGUUAUUUUCCUAACUAGUGCGAAAAGUCAUACUUUUCCGCACGCGAUUGAAGUUUCGCGAUACUCCGCUUCGCGUCCUUCGGCAAGCAGUCGAGUGCGGAAAAGAGACUUUCCGCAAGAGUUAGGAACAAUGCUUUUUCUACGAGCGUUUAAAAAAUUACCAAAUCUUAAUCAAUUAAUUUAAUUAAAAAAUAACGCUAAUAAGUUAUAAUAAUCACGAAUUAAAGUAAAUGCGGUGCCUAAAUACCUGUUAUGCAGUAAUGAAUGGUGUGUAUCAAUACAGGUUUUAAUAUUUUAAAGUCAUAGCAACGAUGUCAAAUAAAGCAAUUAUUGUCAAAAAGCACGUCACACACUUUAAAAUUUCCACGCAUCUUUACUUCUUCUUCUUCUUCGUCUAGCCAUUCACGUCCACAUCUGAACAUAAGCCUCUUCAAGUCUUCCUUUCCAUUGUUUUUUGUUGUACGCUAUUUGUAGCCAAUUUUUCGCGGCAGUUCGUUUCAGAUCAUCUGUUCAUCAGUGGCGGCUAGUACCACUUUAAGAAGGUAGUGCCACAACUCGGGCAGCCGCCAAAAUUUUUAGUGACGGAUUCACGAUAUUGUAAAAAAAAGGUAUACUGACAACAAAAACUAAAAAAAAUAUGCGCGGAUACUUUUAUCUUAUGUACAUAUCUUAAGUUUAUUGAUCUGAGGUGCCAAGCAAUUGUCCAACAUUGAUCAAAACAGUUCCGUAAAUUAAUUAAUAAUAAAAACCUCUUAACCUAUCACCAGCAUUUACUGCUGAUAGUGCUUGAAAAUUGUUAUUACGAUUUAGUCUCUAUUUACCAAUUUAUAAAAAUAAUACUAUUUCAUUAUUCACACACAUGCACAAAUUUUUGUAAUGUCACUUUUAAAGUUUACGAUAUAUGAAGUUCAUUCUUCUAUUUUUUGGUUGCAAAGUUUUCAAUGACUUUAUAAUUAAAAUUAUCAAUACAAUUUACAAAAUGCUUUUCUGCAGAUAGCAGAUAAACAUCGAAAAACAGCGUUCUGCUUCAGAUGUUGAUAUAGGAAUGGUAACUAAAAUACUUAAAAGUUUAAUAGUUUCUUCAAAUGUGCUUUUUGAACCUUCCCUCUACAAUAAAACCGAUAGCGAAACAGCCCCAGAGGUAGUACUUAAUUCGUCUCGCUAAUACAGUACCUACUUCUAAUUCAGUUUUAAACCGAGUUUUGCUUAAAAAUUAAAAUUGUCUCCAGUCUCCAUGGUUCAUUAAGAAAUGAUUCGGAGAACUGAUGCUUAUAAGCAGAAAACUUCUCCGACAUAAAUAAAUUAGAAGCAACUAAAUGUCCGGAGAAGGUAGACCUUUGAAAGAUCUGGUACUUUGAAUAAUAUGAACCUUUAAGUCGUUGUCUAAUUCGGCGCUAAAAUUGACCAGCUCCUUAAAUAUGCCUCUAUUUUCUGAAUUUUCUUUUUCGUCGUGACCUCUUAAAGCUAACUCGAAAGCUCCACAACACCUUAUAACAUUUGUAGUUUUUUUUCUAGCGAAAAACCACCAAAAAAAAUUUAAAAUACUAAUCUUUAUUGUCAAUUAAUAAAUUAAACUUAAGAGGAUCGGAACGUAUUUUCGGCUGCAAUGCUAUUCAAAUGGGGAUUCAUUUUUUUCAAAUCCUGAGAAAACUAAUAAGUAGUUUGGAAAAAUUUAAACGCAGAAUGAAAGAUUACGUUAUUAGCGAGGGCCGAAAGUCCCUGAGAACUUCUACAAUGUUUAUUUUAAUAAGUUACAGGGGUGAAAAAACUAAGAGAAAAUUUAGUGUGAUUUUUAAAUUCAAAUAUCUCAUUCAAAAUAAACUUUUUAUUUAUUCUAAGGGACUUUCGGCCCUCGGUAAUAAUUUAGUCUUUCAUUCUGCGUUUAAAUUUUUCAAAAAUAUUUAUUGGUUUUUUCAGGAUUUGAAAAAAAUGAACACAAUGCCGUGGUAAUAUUUUCCAAAUCUGUCUUUGUCUUACAACGCACUCAACCGAAUAUAAUAUUGUCAGCAUAUAUUGUCAGUCAGACACUGACAAUCAGUGACAAUUUUAAAUAUUUGACAUUGCAUCGGGAAUAUUUUGAGAAAUUGAUUAAAUAUUAUUGAUAUAUAGUGUAUUUGAUAAAUAAUUGAUUUAAGACGUGAACUUAAUAAAAAGUUAUUUAUUGUGUAUUAUUUGUGAAAGAUCCAAGCAGAGAAUACAUCAGAUAUAUCCUGUGAUCCAAGUAUUUUGUUGUUAGAGAUGUUCAAAAUUGUAAGCGUUCCAAAAUAACAACAUAUUAUUAAAAAAUCACUUUAACACUUUUCCUCUUUUCUCGAUUGAUUAUUAGUUUUUGUUGUACAAAUAAAUUAUUACAAUCACUGAAAACAUAGUUAGUGAAAAAAUUAUCACAUUUAUUAACUGAAUUAAUAAUUUGCAAUUAUAAAAAUAACAGUUAUCCAAGAACAUUCAAAAGCCAUCUCUUUAAAUUAAUUAUGACAUUUUCAAGUAGAAUGACAUUCUAGUAAUGUUUACAUAUCCACACCAGUGUGAAUUUUACUACACGUAAUUUGCCGUGUAAAGACAGAAAAAGUAGGGAUACACGUAAAAUAUUUGCGAAUUAUGUACCCAUAGCCUUAAGAAAUAAUCAAAAUAUUAUCAAAAUACCCACGAUCAUGAUGCACCAAAAGUUUAAUUAUAAAUACAAAAUCUUUUUAACAGAAAAUAUACAUAAUAAAAGCGACAAACCAGCACGUAAAGAAACUCAAAAUAAAUAGACCUGGCUUCAUACCCUCGUGCCUGGCACAGAGAUUCUAAUGUUAAGGUAUACUAAUAGUCCAAUAUAGCUCUUUCUCUGUCACUUACAUAUAAUGCUCGUAAAAUCUUUCUCUCUUUACUCGUGCCAGUACUGACUUCGGCGCGAAGGAGAUUCUCCUGUCGAAUACUCUCCGCUGUCGGCAGGGAUUGUAUUGCGCCCAUAGUUGCCAUAUUUUAUAUAAUUUAUGAAGAUCAAAAGAAAUACACACAAAAAAAUUAAUAGGAAUUAAAAAGUUUUGAAGAUAAAAAAUAUGUUUAUGGAUAGUUAGCAAGGUAGUGCCAUGGCUCUAUGGUACUACCUCACGGGCCGCCACUGCUGUCCAUCUCAUAGGAGGUCUGCCUCUGGGUCUUUUGUGUUGGUGUGGUCUCCAGGUUAGAAUUGUUCUGUGCAAUUUGUUAAGAUCGCUCCUAGCUACAUGUCCAAGCGUAUUCCCAUUUCAGUUUUAAUGAUUUUUGUACCACAUCGGUGACUUUGGUUUUCCUCAUCUUUACUUACGAAUUUUAAAAUAAUUCAGUGAUUUAGAUAGAUGGCAUCAAGUGACGAAGAACUACUCCCAUCUAUUCUCUAACUAAGACAUACGAAGCAAUUGGGCAUUAAAAGCACAAUAUGUAUGUAAAUUCAGUGCGGCAAAGUAACGCGGAAAAAUAAAACUUUCCAAACUAAAACGCGUGAGGAAAAGUAGACUUUUUUGCACGCUCGUAGAAAAAAUACGUUUCCACAGCUGUAUGACCUCAUUUUUUAUGAAAAACACUUUUCACGCAUGACUUUUUAGGUAUAGGAAAAGUUGGAAGUCGCUAGGAGCCAAAUCUGGUAAAUACGAUGGAUGCUCUAACAAUUCAAACUUUGAUUCAUAGAUUUGAGCCGUUGUCAAAAUGCUCAUAUGACACGAUGCAUUGUCCUGACGAAAAUGAUUCUUCUGAAAACUGUGUCUUUUUUCACGAAUUUUUUCCUUCAGCUGUUCUAAAGUUUACAAUAAUAUUUAGAAUUUAUUGUUUUACCAGUUUGCAAGUAAUUUACAAACAAAAUUCUUUUUACGUCUUUGCCGUUGCUCUCUUCUGUGUGUAUAUUCAUUAGUAUCUCGAGGUGUUCUUUAUUUUCUGCUAUGAUCGUCGUAUCAUCUGCAUACCUUGUGUUGUCAUUGAGUAGCUUCAUCAGUAAAUAAAAUUUGUUUUAUAAAAUUGUUAUUUUAUUUCUGUAAUUGUGUAACUGAAAUUGUAAUCGAUCAAGAAUACCUCUUGGUGUUAUAUUUUAAUAUUCACAUUAUUUUUUUUAUUUAUUCAAAAUGCAAUAUUUAUGUCAUUCCUCUUGAUCAACUAGAAUAUUUUUGGACGUCCUACAUUAGACCUGGUUUUAAAUUUUCCUAAUUACAUAAUUAAGUUUAUGAAUAUCUCUCUAAUUGGAAAGAAAUCGCAUGGGGCCAAAUAUGGUGAAUACUGUGGAUGGGGCAGCAGUUCGUAGCCAAAUUCGACCAGUUUGGUUAUGACCACUGCGGAGGUGUGAGCCAGUGCGUUGUCAUGAUGGAAGAGCACUUUUUUCUUCAACACGUGGGGUCGUCUUCUCCAGGUAGUCGAUGUAAGAUAGUCCAGAUAUUGUAACUUUCUUAUUUUUAUUGGGUUUAUUAUUUCGUAUUCUUUGCACAUUUCUUAAAAUACUUCCGUGUCUGUUUUUCCUCUGUAACAUCACAUAUCAAAUGACUAGCUUAUCUAUGUGUUCUUGCUUCUCAUUUAAAAUAUGGUCACUGCGAAAACAUUAAUAGUCGAAUCAUUAAUAUACUAUCAUAUUUAUAAUGAUCUAAAACACGAAAUUUAAGAUAAACGCAGCAGAGAGAAUGAAGAAUAGGUUUCGUAAAUUGAUAUAUGUAUUGGAUUAUCAGUAUAUCAAGUCAACUUUUUGGAUACCCCUAAUAAGGUAAGAAUUAUAAUGGCGUUAGCCUUCAAAAGAAGAUGGCCAACAAAGUUUCCCGAUCUUGAACCUAGGUACCAAUAUGUGCACUUUGUCACUGGCCUCCUUUGUAUAUAUAAUUCCAUUUAUUUAGAUUUGUAAUGGAUUGUUCUUUUAUUUUUUGUUGGGAUUAACAUGUAAAAGUCACUAGUCAUUUUUUAAAUUUCUGCUGACACUAAUUUUAAUAAUUUGGAAUAAACUAUGUAUGUAGAUAAAUCAUAUUUUUUAAUAGUUUUAAUGCAUUCAAUAAAUAAGACAUGUUGUGCUACAUCGCUGGAACAUAUUUUGUAAAUAUCGAAGUAAAUAUGACUAAAUCUAUUACAUUUUAAGUUAACAGUUAUUAUUAAUAUGCUUUUAUCAAAGUAUUUUCAUGUUACACUAUUUAGAAAUAAAGUAUUUUAUUAUGAUUGUG